AUGUCUUCUCCUCCGACUCCUCUUGCCUCCGAUCCGCCAACACAGCGUGCUCAUCAAAGCACCACUCGAAGUAAUUCAGAGAGUGAGGACUAUCUAGCCAACGUUAAGCGUCGAGUCCUUCUUUCGAUAGAUGCGAAUGAAAACAGCAGCCGAGCAUUCGAAUGGUAUACGAACAAUUUUGCUAGGGAGGACGAUGGUCUACUUCUUGUUCAUGUCGUUGAACCCGUCAGUACUAGCAUCAACUACGGCCUUGCCAGCAAGCCAGCUUUUAUUACUGAUGAUUUUAGUCGACACAUCCAAGAAUUGGUGGAUGAAGGUCGAGAACUUGGCAAACGGUACCUUCACAAGUGCAAAGGUACGGGAAUUCGAGUCCGAUUCAUGCUUCACAUCGGUGCCAAACCGGGUGAACAUAUUUGUCGCCUAGCAAAGGAGCAGCAAGUCGAUGUGAUUGUGAUGGGUAGCCGUGGCAUGGGACGCAUUCGGAGGACUCUUCUGGGCAGUGUCAGUGACUUUGUUCUUCAUCACGCUGGAAUACCCGUGGUGGUCAUCCCACCACCCAAAAAGCCCUCCACCUCUACCUCACAGUCAGAAGAUACCUCGGAGAGUGCUAAAAAAAGGCAGUCUCUUCCAUAA